GCUGCCGACGCCGGAGCGCCCCCGGAGGGCCCGCCGCUGACGUUGGCGGGCUCGCUGAGACAGGCGCAUAACCGCCGUGUGGCACGGCUGCUAGCAGGUUUCAUGGCUGCGCUGGCAGUGGUUCCUGUCGUGGGACUUCUCGCUUGCGAGCGCCUGCUUCGUGGGCUAGUUCCCGAUGAUGCUACGCGGUUGACGUACAGCGGUGCCCUUGCAGUUCUGUUGGUGAAUUUGGUCAUGGCAUCUUAUGUCCUUUGGUGUUUUCUCGAAGAUGAUGGUGGCGCAACUGACCAGAAGGGUGCGGGAAGCCUUCCGACAGACGUGAAGGCAGGCGCGGCAAGUUCGCAAGGCCAGGAGCCCAAGCAAGUCAGUGAGACCAAGUGCGGUGACGAGAACGUGCCACCGAAAGAAGCGAAGAAACACAUCUGAGGCAGGGUGCAGGGUAGGAGUAGGAGCUUAGCUGCGCCGUGCUGAAGCAGGCGUGGCACACGUUAGUAUGCCCACGCUCCGCGGAGGGCCUGCGCGCAUGUACGAUGUGAGGUCUCUUUGUCAGCAUAAUUUUCUCUUUCUCUCUCUCUCUCCACUUGUCCCCAGUUCUGUUGGCAUCAGAGUGCGCCGACGGCACGCCCGCUCUGUGCUGCCACGCGCAGGUGCAUGUGCCAACCACUAUUACGAGAAAUACAGUUACCCCUUCCGCUGCAUCCUUGCGUGUGCCAGCCACUGUGGCGACGCUCCCGUGGCCUGUCACGCUCUCCCGAGGCUCGGUCCAUACCUCGCACCACCGCUGUGACUGAUACCCCCCUGGCCCCUGGCGCCGCAACGCUCCCCCUCCCCCUCUGGUUGGAGCGUGUUUCUUGAUUGCUUGGGGCAUAUUGGGCAUUAUACCCCCCGGCCCCCCCUCCCCCGCCCCUAUAACCGUUACAUGAUACCCCCCCAGGCCCCCUUCCCCCCUCCUAUAAUGCCCAGUAUCGCCGAACAUAAAAAACGCGCUCUUGUCCGGCCGGACAGGACUUCCUGCAACUCCGCCGAUUGAAGGAUAUCCGCAUUCGCGGCUCCUGAGAGGCGGCCGGCAGCCCGAGGCCAACGCGGAUCUGCCGCAACUGGAGCCCACUCAGGGCAGCAUGUAGAGGAGGAGGAGGAGCAGGAGGAGACGUUCCCGAGAGGAGACGUUCGCGUGACCGCGGGGCGCCUGCACGCGGCCGGCCGCCGCGGCGAGACACCUCCUCCGCGGGCGGCCGCGGGUGCACGGCCCUGCCGCCGCCUGGCCGUCGGCACGCAGGGCGGCAGCGCCUGCGGCAACCACGGCCAUGGGCGACGGCGACAACGGUGAAUGCCACGGCGACGGCCCACGGCGGCGGCAACGACGGUGACGUCGUGGCUCGCCUUCGCAGCUUCCAGUGGAUGCCGCACG